AUGGAAGCAAAGCAAACAUUCUUCGACGAGGCGAUGGCGUUAAGGAGACUCUGGCAUCGCUUCGGAGGCGAAACGGGCCUCCAUCGGCACUUCCUUUCGUCCUGGCCAAAGGACCCGCAGAUCGAGCCGCUACGUGCCAAUGAAGUCUCCCGAUUUGUACACACCCGACUAGGACACGAGCGCGAACGUCUGCUUGGCCCCCUCGUCAUUCGCUGGUUGGAGAAUAUCACCCACAAGGACCUUGAGGACGUCGCCAACCGGAUGCGCGUGUCCUCGAUCGAGAUGACCGCCGUGGCCAACUCGGGUCACCCCUCCUCGUCGACCUCGGCGGCGGAGCUGAUGGCGACGCUGUUUUUUCACGAGAUGCGCUACGACGUCAAGAACCCGAGGAGCGAGCACGCCGACCGCUUCAUCCUCUCCAAGGGUCACGCCUGCCCCAUCUUGUACGCUGCCUGGGAGGAGGCCGGCCUCCUGUCGCACGACGAUGUGCUGACGCUGCGCAAGAUCAACUCGGACCUCGAGGGACACCCAACUCCGCGCCUCAACUUCAUCGAUGUCGCCACGGGUUCGCUCGGCCAGGGCCUCUCCUGCGCCGCUGGCAUGGCCUACACCGGAAAAUACAUCGACAAGGCCUCGUACCGCGUCUUCUGCCUGCUGGGAGACGGGGAAUCGGCCGAGGGCGCCGUUUGGGAAGCUGCUUCUUUCGCCUCUCACUACAAGCUCGACAACCUGGUCGCCAUCGUGGACGUGAACCGUCUCGGGCAGUCGCAGGCCACCCAGCUCGGCCACCACGUCGAAAUUUACCGAGAUCGUUUCGCCGCCUUCGGCUUCGAGACAAUCGUCAUCGACGGGCACAACAUCGAACAGAUCGCCGCGGCCCUCAAGACGGCGCGCGACAUCAAGGACAAGCCGACGGCCAUCAUCGCCAAGACGCACAAGGGCCAGGGCAUCGAUGGGGUCGCCGAUCAGGACAACUGGCACGGAAAGCCGGUGCCGAUCGAGAAGGUUGAAGCUAUCAAGGCCCGCUACCACGGAUCGCGCAAGGGCGACGUCGAGCCGAAGAAGCCGAUCGAGGACGCCCCGAAGGUUGACCUCCACAUCGGCUCCAUCAAGAUGAGCGACCCGCCGGCGUACACCAAGGGCGACAAGGUGGCAACCCGCGCGGCAUACGGGACGGCUCUGGCGAAGCUCGGCAAGGCCAACCCGCGCGUCAUCGGUCUCGACGGUGACACGAAAAACUCGACUUUCUCGGAGAAGCUGCUGAAGGAGAAGCCCGACCAGUUCAUCGAGUGCUUCAUUGCCGAGCAGAACCUCGUCGGUGUCGCCGUCGGAGCCCAGUGCCGUGGCCGCACCAUCCCGUUCACCUCCACGUUCGCCGCCUUCUUCACCCGUGCCGCCGACCAGCUGCGCAUGGCCGCCGUGUCGUUCGCCAACCUGAAGUGCACCGGCUCGCACGUCGGCGUGUCGAUCGGAGAGGAUGGACCCUCACAAAUGGCCCUGGAGGACCUGGCCUUGUUCCGCGCCAUUCCCGACUCGACCGUCUUCUACCCAACCGACGCCGUCAGCGCCGAGCGUGCCACCGAGAUGGCCGCCAACAUUCAAGGCAUCGUCUUCAUCCGCACUGGACGCCCGGCGCUCCCCGUACUCUAUGCCAACGAUGAAAAGUUUGAGGCUGGCAAGGCCAAAGUGCUGCGCGAGAACGUGAAGGAUUCGAUCGUGCUCGUCGGCGCUGGAGUGACGCUGUACGAGUGCUUGAAGGCUGCCGACGAGCUGGAGAAGUCGGGCGUGCACGCGUGCGUCAUCGACCCGUUCACCAUCAAGCCGAUCGACGGGGAAACUAUUGUCAAGCACGCCAAGCGCACCGGAGGCAAGGUCGUGACCGUUGAGGACCACUUCGCGGCGGGCGGCAUUGGGGAAACGGUCUCUGCCGCCGUUUCUGAUGCCGGCAUCCGCGUGCGCUCGUUGCACGUCUCUGGCGUGCCCCGCUCCGGACCGCCAGAUGACCUCGUCGACAUGUUCGGCAUCUCGGCCCGCCACAUCGUCGAAGCCGUCAAGAAAUUCCAC